AUGGAUCCUUCUUUUACAAUUUUUAACUCUUCAUCCUCCGAUGACGAGUUGGAUAUCGUUUUGGCUUUCUCUGUUGAAGAAGAACGGUUGCGUGAUGAAAGAGGCUCAACAUCGCGCCUUGGUUCUGUUCAACGCCGUAGGUUCAUCCAGCGUGAUUUUAUGGAUGAAUAUUUGAGGAUUGCAGAAAACACUGCAACACAGUGCUUGCAAUAUUUUGUUAAAUCAGUAAUUUCAAUUUAUUCUGACAAAUACUUGAGGUCGCCAAACAACAAUGACAUAUCUAGAUUGCUAGAGGUGAACGCAAGACGUGGAUUUCCAGGGAUGGUGGGGAGCAUCGAUUAUAUGCUUUGGAAAUUGAAGAAUUGUCCAAGAGCAUGGGCAGAUAUGUUUUCUGGUCAUAUUCAUGAACCAACAAUUAUUUUAGAAGCCGUGGCGUCAUAUGAUCUUUGGAUAUGGCAAGCAUUUUUUGGGUUGUCAGGGUCUCAUAAUGAUUUCAACAUGUUAGAACAUUCUUCUUUAUUUAUCGAGCUCGUUGGAGGGCGUGCUCCUCCAGUGAACUACUUAAUCAACGGUAAUGACUACACAAUGGGAUAUUAUAUCCCUGAUGGUAUAUAUCCUUCACAGUCAACAUUUGUAAAAACAAUUCAUGCUCAGCAAGGAAAUAAGAGAAAACAUUUUGCAAAAACUCAAGAGUCAGCAAGGAAAGAUGUAGAACGUGCAUUUGGAGUGCUUUAA